GCAAGGAUAGACACAUACCAGCAGCAUUUGUCUGUGUAGAAGCGAUCAGAUGCUUCCACAAUCACCGAUUCCCCCAUCAGCUACAUUACUCUUGUCAUAUUGAUAUCAACCUCUACCAUCUGUGAUGAUGUUCCCUGCGGAGGAUCCAGCAAGGGUUUGACGGCAUCACCACUGGCCAUUUUGCCAUCAGGCGGGCCAGCUGACUCGAUGAAGAUGCCAGAAGAUUCUUCGAGAGCUUGCGGCUGUGGAUCCCUGUUGGCUCAUGCCGCUUUGGCGCUUUCGAUUGCUGGAGCAGUGCUAUUCUGUUCUCAGGCAUUUGCGCAGCUGAAUGCAAUUCAGCAGCUAACAGGGAUCCUGCAUGGGGCGAAAGGCUCCUGGACAGUCGCCUACAAGGCUGCUGUGAUUGCCACAACAGCAGUCGCGCCAGUGUUAGCCUUGCUGAGUUCCUGCCUCGUGCGCAUCUUGGUGACCUGCAAGAUGGAUAUGAUUCUGGCGAAAGAAGGAUGCCAAAACGUGUCUGUGCGGAGGGCUCAAUUGAUGCUUGCCAGGGUCCUCUGCGUGCUGCUGAUCCUCACUUCAGCAUGGCUGGUUCUCCUGGGGGCCCUGCAGACGACAGGGAUCAUCUUCACCCUGAACAUGAAAGCCAUGGCUGCGGCGUCUGGGGACACAGACACAGCAGCGUCGCAGCACUGCUUUGACUUUGCGCUCUUCCAGCAUCGUUCGCACAUCUGUGACCCAGGCAGCAUCCAGAGGAUAGCCGACAUAUUGGGCUCUGCCCUCAUUUUUGCUUGCUUGGCAGCCGGGGGGUUGCUGCUGAUGGGAUUGGGCUGCCAAACUUUCAUGUGCCAGUCCUGUGAGGUAGCAGCUGUCACAUCUCUGCUGAUCAGGAGAGCCUUGCACCUGAACGAGGAACAGGCUGAUGCGCUGAAUCAGAUGGAGAUGCAAGUGCCUGGCAGCAUCAGAAACGUAUGCUCAGUCCAGAAUGCAAAUCCGUUCCCUGCAGCGUCUGCACCUUCAUGGCCUCCCCAGCAUUGAUUAGGCCCCUGUCAGCUCAAGUCCCAUGAUAAUUUUGUUAGGAGACGACAAUGAUAAUUUUGAUAUGAGACACCAAUGUUAAUUUUGAUACGAGACACCAGCAUGAUUGAGAACUCUUCAGAACUCAGCUGAUUCUAGGUGAAAGCAGUGUGUCAGCUUCAUUCAUGAGCAUGCCAUGCGAUCAUAUGGCAGCAUAGUUUAGAAUACGUCUUCAAUUAACUGUAGUAACCGCAUAUCACCUGAUUUCCGGCUUGGACUUGCCUUGUACCUGUGCAACGCCUGCUGUAUGAUACUGUAUAAUGUAUUUUUCAAUUUGUUGGCCCAGAGCAAAUAGCCAAUUUUGCGCAAUGCGAUGCUGCACCUUUGAUGAGAGCUAUCAUAUGUAGGCCCUCAUCUUAUGCUGAAUGUGAUUUCAACAGCUGAAUGAAGUCUUGCUGUUGUAAAGAAUGGUGUAAGAAUUUACCAACUGCUC